AUGGAUGGGUCCCGCUACCAACUUGUCGACUCUCUUUAUGGGCCUGGCACAGUCGGGGCCUGGCUUCUGUCCCUCUGUGCCGUCCUCAUUAGCUGGACGCUGAACACUUCCUCCCGACGCAAAGAUACCAUUUCAGUCGAUUUCAUCACCACACUCCUUCUGCCCUUCAUUGCUGCAGGCCACGCUAUUUUCCAGAUCACACGGCUCCCCGCCCCUGUGGCCGAGGUGAUUACCGCACAGCAAGUUGAAUUACAGAGAUACGCAUCCGCGCUGGAGGCACCUCUGAACAUCUGUGAAACAUUCUCGGUGGCAGCACUGUUGUUGGCCGUGUUUUGCGGGCCUUGGUGGGGUAGUGAUCCGAAGUGGACGCGGUUGGGUUUGGUGCUUAUAGUGGGGUUGUUAAGCUGGGGAACGGAAAAUAUCAUGUUUGGGCUGGGCACAUUGAAGGGUGUGCGAGCUCCAGAAAUAACGCUGACUCGGCCGUACUUAUUCUUCUUCACUCCGAUUGUGGCGAGUACGUGGGCGUUUUUGGCGCUAUGUCUUGCAGUUGGAGCAAUAGUCUGGAUCGUCAGUAUUGGAAACAACCAGGCUACAAGAAGGGGUCUGGAGCGAAGACACCUUCAACGGGCACCAAGUCGCGUUUUCGACGAGUCCAGGCCGUAUAAGCCUAGCCAAAUCACUCAAGAGACAAGGGACUAUGCACUGCAUGAGCUUCAGGCCUUAGAACCCAUGUCUCGGAGUAUCCAGAUGGUGACCUUCGUUUCAAUACUUUUCUUGCCUUUCUCACUGAUUGCUUCAACUUUUGGAUUCAUGACUGUUGACAUGAAGAGCUUGUCGAGCACAUCUCAGAACCAGUUUAUCCUCAUACCAAAUUCGAACGGACCUUUGAGCCACCUUGACCAACUUUUGGCACUCGUUGGAGACGUGAAAUGGGACAUGUUUCAAAACCUUCUGUCCAGAGACGACGUUCCAUAUGAUAAACGAAAAUUCCAAGUUGAUAAACAGCAGCCAUGGUUAUCUACAACUUUACCGUGGCUGGGAUGCGAAAGAGGGAUUCAUGUUGCAAUGUGGGAUGGUUCAGCACGACGGCAAAGGGGAGCCAGCAGGGUAAGAGGUUUCAAAUGGCGAAGGUAUUCAUGUCAGAUGUGUCUGCAUUAG